AUGGACCGGUCCAGCCCGGCAGCAGUAAUUGGAAACAACAGUCUGGAAAACUGGAAAGUGAUUGGUGCAGGAGGGUUUGGACAAGUCCACAAAGCCAGACAUGUGAACUGGGGAUAUGAUGUGGCCAUCAAGUUGCUACAAUGUGAUGAUGGCUCUAGCGCUUCCCUGCAUAAUGAGGCAGAAAUGAUGAGCAAGGGUGCAAGCCUCCAUGUGAUAAGGAUUCUUGGAGUGUACAAGGAUUGUCCCCCCACUUGCGGCCCUUCCAUUCAGCUGGGUCUUGUGAUGGAGUUCAUGGAGAGGGGGACACUGGAAUCCCUCCUGGACACCCUCUCUCUCCAUCCACCUUGGCCCCACCCCCUUGCCUAUCGCUUGGCCCACCAGAUCGCUCUGGGGAUGAACUUCCUCCAUUGCCUCAUCCCACCCCUUCUGCAUCAAGACCUAAAGCCCAAUAAUGUGCUGCUGGAUGACUGCCUUAAUGCCAAGCUUGCAGAUUUUGGCCUGGCCAAGGUGUCCCACAGUGUUUACAAGAUGAGCAAAGAGUUCCCUGGGAAGGCUGGGGGGACAUCUAGUUACAUGCCCCCUGAGGCUUUGGAAAAUGUGUCAUACAAACCCAUUCGUGCCUUUGACAUCUACAGCUAUGGUAUACUUCUGUGGUCCAUCAUCACUGGUCAGUCGAAGCCAUAUCCUAGUGAGUUCUGUUUUCUCAUCAAAGACAGAGGACAGAGGCCUACCCUGGAGGAUGUGGACAAAGAGCAGGUCGAGGGGCUAGGGGACCUGGUGGAGCUCAUGGAGAAGUGCUGGGACCAUGAGCCCUCUAAGAGACCCCCCUUCAAGAAAUGCUUCCUUGUGACAGAAAGAGGGUUUGAGAAGCACAAGAAGGGGAUACGCAAUGCUGUCCAUCAAGUGCUUACAAAACUGCUGGACUUGGACCAGCAGAAAGAUGAGGAGGAGCAGGAGAACAAAUCUGAGUUGGUGAAGAUGAAGAGCAACCUGAGGAGAUCCAAGCAGGGGACUGAUGGGGAGAAACACCACUUAGGGAACCACAGGGGUGUGUAA